AAAAGAAACAGCAUAACGGAAACAGUUAGUCAGUCUGUUAGUCUAGAUCUGGUGUGUCCAUGUCUAGUCUAACAGUAUCAACGUCAUGCAGAGACCUGGACACAAAGGCUGACAAAGCAGCAAAAUGUUGAGGCUGAUAAAGAAGAAAACUAACAAAUGAAGAUGAUGUCCAGCAUCCUGCUGCUCCUCAUCCUCAGCUCAUGUCUCUGUGCAGCAACAUUUGUAGUGAAUGUGACACAGAGCAGCUAUCAGGCAGAGGAGAAGCAGAACAUCACUCUGGAGUGGACCUUCACCACCAAGACUCAGGGAACCUGGAAGAAUCUGUUCAUCGUCUGCAGCUUGUUGGCUCCUGAUAAACAGCGAGUUCUCUAUCAGGUUCAUGAAGGAGUUGAGAUUCCAGAGUCUCAGGAUAAACAGUUUUCAGGACGAGUCCAGAGCGACAAAGACGUCCUCAGAGAAGGACGAAUCAGACUCCAUGUGUCCAGACUGAGGACUGAAGACUCUGGUCUGUAUCUGUGUGAAGUGAAAACUGAAGAUGGAUUCAACUCUGGAAGAUGUCGACUCAACGUUACUGCAGCUGCUGAUCAGAUCCAAACUCAGAGACCAAGAUUGACUCCAGAACCAGAAGAACAAGAAUGGAUGAACAUCAUCUUCAUCAUCAUCAUCAUCGUCUCUAACCUUUUAACAUCCAACAUGAGCUGCAGCCGUUUGGACCUCAGCAGAACCAGUCCAGCUGCUGGAUCUGACCUCAGACCAGUUCUACCAUCAAGGGUUCUACUGGAGCGCCACCUGGUGGUGGAGUUAGGAAACUGUGAGCUUAUAGAGCUGAAGGUCUGA